AUGGCGUUGAAACGCGGGGCGGUGGUCGAGAUCGAGGCUUUAGCCUCCGGGGACGAUGGCGACGGCCCGUUCGUGAUUCACAAUCCGCAUCUCCCGAAGGGACGGUUCCCGUCGGGGACGACGUUCCAGGCGUGGACGCGCGACGCGCCGUCCGAUGACGACGAUUCCGCGAAUAGACGCGCCGAGGACGUCAUCGUCCGCGGGAGGACCGACGGCGUGGAUUACGUCGGGAAGAACUUCCUCGAGGAGAAGCCUCGCGAGGCGGACCCGUGCCACAUGCCCACGGACGCGUGCGUGUACUUCGUCGCGCGCGUGAGGAAGCUGUCCGGAAAUGAUGUCGGCGGCGGCGGCGGCGGCGGCGUCGGCGCGGGCGCGACGCACGCGAUGGCGAUCGCCCCCGUGGCCGGCGGCGCGAUAUUCCCCAUCGAGACGCGAUGCCACGCCCUGGAGUACGACCCCCCGGCGGUGACCGGCCCGGUCGAGGACAUGGACGACCCGGAGACGCGCAGGAUGGCGAGCGCGCGCCUGACCGCGGCGUUCUCGUCGCAGAAGCGCCAGCGAAAAGUCGCUCGCGUGCGCGCGGAACGCGCCGUCGACGCGUCCACGUUCGCGUCCUCCUCCGCGCUGCAAGACGCGCUCGCGGCCGCGACCGCGAACGAGAUGAGCGCGAAGCAGCUCUCGGAGCUCGCGGGCGCGAAUAGGAACAUCCCGGGCCACGACGUGGACGCGACCAACCCGAGCGACGCGUUUCCGUUCGAGCUGUUCCCGCUGCUCGACCUGUUGGACCGGACGCGGUGGAAAGAUCUCAGCGAGGCGUCGAAGAAGCCGUCGAAGAUGAAAGAGCUCGAGGCGGACGGGCACUUCGACGCGUACACGCUGUCGUUGGUACCAAAAAUCGCGGAGGGCACCGGGGUGCCCGGGGGCGAUAAGCACGAGGAGAGCAGGCGGCGGAAACUCCGCGCCAAGUCGCUCGCGGCGUUGGACUUUUUGAUCAAGUUUUACGUCCACAAGGGCGUCGUCGUCGAGCGCAGAGAGAAGAAGAGGAAGGGCGAGGAGGAGAUCGAGAUCGACAGCGCGGUCCCGAAGCCGUGGAUAUUGCUGUGGACGGACGAGAGCAAGGUGCACCCGUUCGUGCAGCGCGGCGUCGUGGACGCGUUCACGGAGCUUCAACGCUCGGAGGACGGGACGCUUCCGGGCGCGGACGAGGCGAAGCGGUACGUCCGACCGAAGAGGUCUAAGGACUUGCUGUGUAUGCACGUCAUCUUGAUGGCGCUCCGCGUGUGCGACUGGACCCUCGACGUCACCGCGUUAGGGAAGAAGAUGAAAGAGAGCUUGAAGGAGUUGAUCCCGCACUGCAAGGAGCUCGGGUGUAAGUUGUCGAAGGAGGGGACGGCGAAGACGGGGGGGGUGACGACGUUCGCGACGCUGCCGCUGGACGGCACGAAGCGGCUCGGGGAUUUCUUGCCGGAGAUUAAGCGACGGCCGCAGGCGGCGAAGAAGCGGGAGUGA